AAACCGGCGGGAAUACGGUGCCGCUUCUCGCGGCCGUCCGCCUCCGUGAGGCCUCGUCCUUCGGGGUGAACGUCACGCAAGCAGAUCAACCAUUGAAGUUACCUCCGUGCAGCAUGUCUCACGUCGGCGUACCCGCAUCUUCCUAGGAGCUGCCCCGUACCGCAUUGCUGGGGAAUCCCGCCCGACGAGAUGUCCCUCCUUCCGAAGAGCUCCUUUGAGUUCAGCAAGGCCGAAUACUGGGAAGCCUUCUACAAGCAGCGCGACAAGAGGGAGUUCGAAUGGUACGGCGAGUACCCGGAGCUCUCCACCUACCUGCACAAGUACAUGAAGACGAAGGAGAAAGUGCUCGUCGUCGGCUGUGGCAACUCAAAACUCAGCGCUGAUCUCUAUGAUGUUGGCUAUAAAACUAUCCACAACAUAGACAUAAGUAAAACAGCAAUAAUGCAUAUGAAAAUCGCAAACUACUUAGACAGGCCUAACCUCGUGUUUGAAGAAAUGGAUGCAUUGAACAUGACCUUUGAAAAUGAAAAUUUUAACGUGGUCCUAGACAAAGGCACACUGGAUGCUUUGAUGCCAGAUGAAAAUUCUACUACAUAUGAAAAUAUUACUAAAUAUUUUGAUGAGGUUGACAGGGUAUUGAGAUUUGGCGGAAGAUACAUUAUAAUAUCACUCCUCCAAGAGCAUGUUUUAGCUUUUUUAUUAAAGCACUUCAUAGAUAAAUGCUGGAUGAUACGAGUCUGCAGGUGUUACGAUGUCGAGAACAAAUCAGCCAUUGAGCAAGGAAUAAAACCUUUACCCGUUUUCAUGGUCGUGUGCACCAAAUUCAAAAAGAUGCCUGGAUCUCAGUCUAUUCUUGAACUAUGCCCAACGCCCGAUUCGGCAGCCCGUAGAGUUUCGUGUCCGGAAAAGAUCAUAGAUUCAGUUGUAGAAUCCCAGCAGGUUGCAAUCGUAUGUGCUGGGCUUCAAAGGUCGACCACAUCCGGGAGGGAAAUCGUGCUCGAAGUGGGAAAAGGAGACGAUGAGAUAGCGAGAUAUAUUCUUCACAUUGUCGACAGAAAUGUCACCGAACCCAACAAAAACAUUAAACUCUCUUACGGAGCUUUUAUCGUCCCUCUAGGAAGGGAAGCAGAAUGGGUCUUUGGUACACCUGAAGGAAGACAGUAUCUAGUUAGCGAAGCGGGUGUCACCAGGUUAGCCGUCAUCACGUUAAACAGAGGACAUGAAUUCACAAGUAUGGAAUCGAUUAAAGCUGAACUUGCACCUAUAGUGGCUGAUUUUGCACCUUCUAAUUAUAAGAAAAAAAUAGUUUUUCUCUCAGUUGGAGGUGAUGUUGGUGUACGAAAUGAAGUGUUCGUCGGAGAGAGCCCUAUUUCAGGAAAAUAUAUUGUUGAGGAAACACAAGUCAAUAAUAACACAACAGUCAGAAGACUAUAUUUCAUGGCUGCAAAAAAUAUAAUACAAUCCGAAGCCAAAAUUAGAAAAGUAAAGACAAGGAGAGGAAAUGAGAGAGUUCUUGUAGAUACAUGUUCUUUAAGCUGCACUCAUCACUCAUUUAUGUGCGUCGGUGCUUGCUCGGCUGUCGAGGCCAACUCAGAGAGUCAGAUUUUGGUCAUUGGCCUCGGUGGAGGGUCUUUGUGUUCCUAUUUGCGUCGGUGUUUUCCACGUUCUUGCAUCACAGCGGUCGAACUCGACCCAGACAUGCUUGAAGUUGCAACGUCUUAUUUCGGCCUAAAAGAGGACAAGCAGCUCAUUGUCUAUAUCAAAGACGGAUUGCAGUUCAUCAAAGAAGUUGCCGAAAGAGGUGCUAAAUACGAUGUUCUUAUGUUUGAUGUUGACAACAAAACUAUUCAAACUGGUCUGAGUUGCCCACCUGCAUCAUUUGUCGAAAUGGAAGUCUUACAGAGGGUUAAAAAAAUUCUAAACCCCCAAGGAGUUUUUAUUCUCAACCUGGUCUGCCGAGACACGACGAUUAGCGCUGAUAUUUACAAAAGAGUUCAAAGCGUGUUCGGGACCGUCGGGUCGGUGAAGCUCGAUGAUGAUUUGAACGAGAUUAUUUACUGCUACUCGAAGCCGAAGCUCGACAUUAAACAGUGUUUGGAGAAAGGCUCGGAGAAGUUCGCAGACAUCAUCCAGCACAAGAAGUUGGAGAAGAUAGACUGCAUCGAGCUGGAGAAAAUGUUGAAUCUCUUGAACCUUGGCAAGAAGAAAUAGCAAAAGUCCAAACCCAAAUUUUGUGAUAAUAGUUUGUAGAAAAAAAUCGUUUUCAGUGGUGUAGUUGACGGAUGCUCAUUGAUACAAUUUUACUGUGCUAUUUUUGCCUGACUGUGUACAUAUAUUUUUGUAAUUUGAAGAGAAUUUAUAUAAGGAAGUUGAAAAGGCUACAAUUGCUAGUUUUAUUUACAAAUAGCAAAACAAUGUAUGAACUUUUUUUUUUAAAUAACUUUUAUACUCUUUUCAAAAAUCAGCAAAUUGUCCGAUUGUUUAUUAGAUCAAAACGACAAUAGCUUAAAUACAGUUAAUUAUUUCAAAAAUUAAUUGAAAGCUUCCAGUCAAAAAUGUAAAUUGUCAUUUUAACAACGAGGUUGAUCUGUAUGUUCCUUGUUAUAUAUUGUAGAAAUCUGAGGAAUCAUGUAUUUUUGUACAUAAUUGAAUUAGCUGAUCCCACCACACACACAAAAAAAAUUUUUUUUUUUUCCUCCCCCUUACAAAUUUGGGUUUUUUAAUUUGGCAGAUGUACAUGUAACAAACAAAUUCUAGUCUGAGAUGUUUCAGGUGGUGCAUAAAAAAAUUACUUGUUAUUCACUAAACAAUUUUAAUUGAUAUUCUUAAAUUAUAAUAAAAAAUUUUAGUUUGUACAUAUCACCGUACAAAGCGAGUAUUUAUAAUUUUUUUUUGUCAAAGAAAACCUCAUUUGUUAUGUUAUUUUUAUUGCACAAAUAUUUUUAAAUUACUUUUAAGAGACAAGUUGCUGUUAUAAUCUUCCAAAAAAGUGCAAGAACAAUUUUUUCUCCUUAUUGUAAUACCAGUUUUGUGUAUUUGUUGUAAAUUUAAAAAAAAUCAACAUCUGAUGUCAAUAAUAAUAUCGCUGCCAAAUAUUAUAUUGUUGUUGUUGUUACAUUUUACGAGUUUUUAUUUUGUUAGAUUUUUUUCUCGUUAGAUACAAUGUAACUUAUGAAAAUAUGACAUGAUGGUAUUAUUUUUAGGAGAAAAUAAAUCGAGUUUAACGGUUGUAAA